UCUAUUUCAGGCAGGGAUUUGGAGCAAUCAAAUUUUUGAAUUGCUCCGCUCUGGCUCUGGGGAAAAACCUACUGGUCUGCGCUGCAGCUCCGGGCUCUGCUCCAAAGCCCUGAUUUCUGGAGUUGGUGAGGUUCUGUGUCCUGCAAUGUGCAGGAGAACACACUAGAUGAUCAUGAUGGUCCCUUCUGACCUUGAAAUCUAUAAGUCUAUUUGAGUGGGAAGGUGGUCAGCUAAAUCUGGUGGGACCCAUCUGUUACCUUUUUAAAUAACAGUCUGUUUUGCUCUGUCGAUCCUCUAGCUCACAAGUAUCAGUAGAUUAGUAGCCAUUAGGAAUUUGGAACUUAAACCUACCUGGUUUCCUCUUCCUGAUUAUUACAAAGUCAAAUCUCAUGAUUUAGUAUAGAUAUAGGCUGACCAGGGGAAUAGAAGGUAGAAGGGAAUCAUCAUACAUAUUUACAGCAUUGCACAGUUGGAGAGGCGCACUUCUUGCGAGAGGGAAUAUGAUUCCAACCUUGAUAUGGAGCCCUAGAUAUAUUGGCCAGUUCAUUAUGCAAUGCACUGGACUAAGUUCAGCCAGUGGUUUGAAUAACUAUUCCAGAUUGCUGUUAGGUAUGGCCCUAGAGUUGAGUUUGGUUUCUGCAGAAAGAAUUUAUGAGGGAAAUAAUAAGGUUCACACACUUUCUGAAACUGAGGACCCCUUUGUCUAAUUUUUUGGGAAGAAGAAGAGGCAUUCACAAUUUGGAAAAUGAAGUUUGUUUUAGGAAUUCAUCCUAAUGCCCUGGCAUAUUCCAUGACCACACUAGGUGCUGGAAUGAUGAACAGUAUCUUUAAUUUCUACUAUGUUAAGCUUUUCUUAAAUCAAUACAAGAUUUCAGAAGUAGCAUUUCAUCAAGCACAGGUAGUUUUUAUGAUCUGGAAUGCCAUUAAUGACCCUCUCUUUGGGUAUAUUCAAGACAACUCCAAAGUCCCCUGCUGCUCAAGACGUCAAUUUUCAAUUUUAUAUGGAGCACCAUUGUAUGGUUUAGCUUUUCUGCUUCCCUGGUUUCCUUGGAAACAUUAUGAGGAAGGUGACUGGCUUAAUGGUCUUCACCUUAUUGUUGCUUUAUGUGCUUUUGAUGGGUUGCUUACAUUUGUGUUGCUAGCACAAUGUGCGCUCUUUGCAGAGAUUUCAACUAGACAUGAAAGUAGACUUCAGCUUAUUAAAUAUAACCAAGUGGCAACAUUAGUUGGAUCAACCAGCAUUCUUUUUUGUGGACUAAUAUCAGAUAAUAUGGAAAAUUUUGCCUAUUUUCAAAUCUUUACUGUUUUGGUUGCAGUACUAGCAACUGCUUGUAUGUGUUACACUGGCAUAUAUAGCACAAGUCAGUAUGAACAGAGAGAAACUCCUGUGGAGAACACUAGUUUAGAAAAUAAUGAUAAAGCUCUCUCCUGGUCCUCUGUAAUUUCAUUGACCAAACAGAUAAUGACGCAGAAAAACUUUCUACUUUUUGUGACCAUGAACUUCUUUCAAGUCUUUCACCUAGCCUUCUGCAACAAUUUCAUGAUGAUCUUUGCAGAUAAUCUCAUCCCUAAGGAUGUCCUUUCCUCUUUUAUAAGAAGCAUCAUGUAUGGGGCUGGCUUUAUUUGUCCUCAGUGCCUUGUUCUUCUCUGUCAGACUUUGCUGAAGAAGUUUGGUUAUUACAGGAUCAUCUUGUUUUCCUUUUACUUAGAAGGAAUAGCUGCAGCUGUCAUGUUUGUUCUAGGACCAGAACACUACUACGUUCUGGCUAUUUAUCUCACAACAAACAUGGUAAUUGUUCAAGCGUCAUUCAGUUUGUUUAAUCUGCCCUUGGCAGAUAUUGUUGAUGCAGACUUAAUAAAACACAAACGGAGAUCACCACUUUCCUCCAUGGUUUUUGGUACCAAUGCUUUAUUUACUAAGCCUGCCCAGUCUUUGGCUCCUAUGCUUGUGGUUACAAUACUAAAUCAAUUUGGAUAUGAGAACCUGAAUAAUAAAUUUUCUCAGCCUGAUCCAAGUUUGUUUUUAGGUCUUCAUGAUGCUAUGUUCUACUUGAUCUGUCUGGUUCCACUUUGCAUUGCAGUUAUACAGAUUCUGACAUGGACUCCCUUCUCCAUCCAGAACAGUCAUAUAACAGCCAUACAUUAAAUCUUUAUAACAUUUAAUCUGUACAGGAAGGAUCUAGAUUUUGUGUUGAAUUGUACAUAGUAGAAUUAUUACAUUUCAAAUGUGAAAAAGCAGAAUUGUACUUAAUGGACUAUUAGACUAAAUGCAAUCUGAGCCAUUAAAUUAAAGCAGUCAUCUAUGGUGGCUAUAAAACAUAUCAUAAAGCACUCCCAGCCUUAACACAAAGUCUAUACAUAACCUUUUCUAGUUCAGUUACCAUACAUAUGGCAAUUGUAGGAAUGCUGCCAAUCUCCAGGGGACUCUACCGAGCAUACUCCAUUGCUAAAGACAUAAAGGCAUGUCUGUUGUGUACAGAUAUUACUGGAUUUUGAGGGGAGUUAGCAUUAUGAAUAUGGCACCAGACUGGAAACCUAGUUCCCAGCACUGCCAGUGACGUGCUGUGUGACCUUGAAGGAAGUCACAGCAAUGCUCUGAGCCUCUGUUCCCAUUUUACAAGUGGGGAAACUGAUACUUAUCCAUCUUUGUAAAGUAAUUUGAGAUCUACAGAUGAAAAGCACAGUGUAAGAGCUAAAUAUUAUUUAGUGAUUGCAUGUGUAGUUGAGGAAUCUGAGGACUUAAGUUAAAGUUCAAGAAAUCAGAGAGAUAAUGAAGUCUUAAGUUAUGGUUACAUUUUUUGAGUCAUGCCAGAGAAACAGUUCUAUUUACUUGUAUUGUACAUGCUACUAUCAACAUGUUUCCAAUCAAUGUCUUCUAUAUUUAUAUAUCAAAAGAUUCCUAACAAAAAUGUUAGUGGAAUUUCAUGGGCCUGGAUUCUUAAAUUGUCUUUUAUAAUACGCCAUUGUUUUUAUACUUGGAUUUCUGUAUAUUGAUCAUAGUCUGUUUUAAAAAACAAAUUGUAUAACUUGCCUUCCAAUUUAGAAGAAUUAGGGUUCCUGCUGUUUUGUGAACAUAGGUUUUGAGGAGAAAACCUGAAAAAAUCUAAAUGACUUUUAGCCUGUGAUUCACUGUAUACAACUAAGUUUUCUUCUUGGUUACUCCUUCCAAUUUGGUAAUAAAGAAGUUAUAUUACAAAUA